AUGCCAGAAGCAAGAGACCGAAUCGAGAGGCCGGUGGAUUACUCAGCGGCAUUUCUCAGCAGACGCUCGAAUGGAAUCUUCCUCGACGAGCCGGCGGCGACAAAUCUCAAUUUGUUCGGGUCUCCGGUUCAGAGACUGCCAUCGGAAUCUGCAAUUGGUCAAGGAUCUAUGACGACGAUGGGCAGAGGUGGGCUUGUGAGGGGCAAUUUCGGUAUUCGUCGGACCGGUGGUGGCAGAAGAGGCCAAACUCAGUUUAGAACGCCACAGGGACGAGAGAACGUGAGCUUGGGCGUUGCUAGGCGUGGAAGGGCUCGUGCUUCAAAUUCCGUGUUGCCUUCUUGGUACCCAAGAACGCCCCUCCGUGAUGUUUCCGCCGUCGUUAGGGCAAUUGAGAGAAGGAGAGCUCAUAUGGGAGAAGGCAUAGGCCGAGAGAUUGAGACCCCAACGCCACAGCAGCUUGGGGUGCUUGAUACUCUAGUACCACUGUCAGGUGCUCAGCUCGAGCACAACUACGCUAUGGUCACUCCUGGUCCGUCUGUGGGAUUCAAGCGUCCCUGGCCGCCCUCAGCUGCUAAAGUCCAUCAGAUUCUACUCGACAUCACGAGAGAGAACAGUGGGGAAGAAGAAGAUUACUUGACUCCACAGAAGAAGCUCCUCAAUUCUAUUGACAAAGUGGAGAAGGUUGUGAUGGAAGAGAUUCAGAAAAUGAAGAGCACUCCUAGUGCUAAGCGAGCAGAGAGGGAGAAAAGGGUUCGAACGUUAAUGUCCAUGCGAUGA